UGUUUUGAUUAGGCCGGUUUAUGCGAUUUUCGUGUAUUUUCAAGUAUCUUUGUUAUUUUUUGUAAUUUGUGAUAAUUAUUAGAAUAAUUCUAUUGCGUACAAGAAUCUGUUAGUUUACACUGUGAAUCAGGUCUAGGAAAAUUAGUUUUGGUUAAAGUAAACAGGAACGACAAAUUUAUUUCAUCAACAUGAGCCUGGAAUGUGAGGAAGACCUUGAUUCUGCGUUGGCCUGUUCCGCCGAGCAAGCGGAAGCCGAAAUUGAAAAAAGUGAUGCCAAAGAUGACGAAGCCCUAGGCGAACUUGUGGAUGCUGAAGAAUUCCUUGCUUCUCAUGGAGUUGCUAUGCUGGAGUACGAACGGCAGAUGUUUUUCGAUCUCAUGCACUCCGAUGGAUUGGUUGUGUGCGCUAAGGGAAUUAGUUAUGAGAAGGUUUUGUUGAAUCUGUUGAAGAUUUUCUGCGAUCCUACUACUCUAGUGUUGGUCAUUAACUGUUCUGAUAGCGAGGAAAUGUUAUAUACAUCUCAGCUGGACAGCCAGCAUAUUCAUCAGUCAUCUACUAAUGGAGCUGAGCGGGAGAGGGUUUACCUGCUUGGAGGAAUACAAUUUAUUAGCACCAGAAUUUUGGUGGUAGAUCUGUUGAAAAAUCGUAUACCGGUGGAACUAAUAACUGGAAUAUUUGUUGUAAAAGCACACGAAAUCAUUGAAUCUUGCCAGGAAGCAUUUGCUCUCCGGUUGUACCGACAAAAGAAUAAAACGGGGUUUGUGAAGGCAUUUUCAAAAAACGUGGAAGCUUUCACCUAUGGCUAUGGCCACGUGGAGAAAGUGAUGAGAAAUUUGUUCGUUAAGGACUUAUUCAUCUGGCCGCGGUUCCAUGGAAGUGUUCAAAAAUCGUUGAAGCCGUUUGAGCCAGUGGUGGUUGAAAUGCAGAUCCCGAUGAGUCAAAAUAUGAUACUAUUGCAGAGCAAUAUAUUGGAUAUAAUGAACUAUUUAGUAAAGAACAUAAAAAGUUUGAAUCGAACUGUUGAACUACAGGAGGUUAGUGUAGAGAACUGUGUGACUAAAAAGUUCCAUAAAAUCUUGCAAGCACAGCUUGACACAAUUUGGCAUCAGCUGAGUUCUCAGACUAAACUGAUAGUGGCGGAUCUGAAAGCGCUUCGUAGUUUGAUGAUAUCAACAAUAUAUCACGACGCAAUUACACUCUACGCAACAAUGAAAAAAUAUCGCACCACCGAGUAUGCUCUUAGCAAUUCAGGUUGGAUCAUUUUGGACUCAGCUGAAAAGAUGUUCACUGUCGCGAAGGAGCGAGUCUUCAACAGAAAUGAUGAAUUCGAACCGGAACAUUGCCCUAAAUGGAAAGCUCUAUCUGAGGUUCUUCGUCAAGAAAUUCCAGCGGAUAUCAAAGAGAUGUCGAAGAAAAUUCGCAAAAAAGAAGAAAGGCAAAAGUAUCUUCGCCAGCAAGUAAAAGUUUUGAUACUCUGCCAAGAUGCCAGAACCUGUUACCAGUUAAAUCAGUAUCUUACCCAGGGUCCGGAGAAGUAUCUUUUUUACACGGCAAUGAAAAAUGACAUCGUAGUUUCAAAGCUGGCAGAAAGCUAUCGGCACAUUAGCUGUGACAGUGACAGGAAUCCGUUCAAAAUACAGAAUGUUGAAACACACGUCAAACCCGGUAAGCCUUUGGAAAGCAAGGUAGCUCCAUCAGAGACCAUAGUUGGUGAUUGUCCUGGUAAUACCAAAAAAGAAGCUGUAUUUUUAAGGGAAAGAAUAGCAAAGAGACGAGCAGAAGCAGCGAUGAAGGAAGCGGAUGAUUCUCGAAUACGUAAACAAGAAGAGGAAGGCGGGGAAGAUAUCACGAAACCAUCGGAAACAGAGUCGGAACUGUUUGCCAAGGAAGAAAAUGAAGAUUACCAUUGUUUUCGUGAUUCUUAUAUACUGACAAUGUCGGAACGAGGCGACACUACUAGGGUCAUUUCAGACGAUGGUGAGGAUGUCGAUCUUUCCGAUGUGACGCAGUUUGAGAACGGUGAAUUCGAAUCGUUCCCCGAAUUGGAUAAUCUGGACGUUACGAGAAUAGUUAACGAAAGCAAUAAACCGUUGGUUUUCAUUCAAACCUUUAAAAGUGAAAUAAAUGGCUUCACAUCGCUUGAUCGAGUGCUACAAGAAAUUAAGCCACGCUACAUUGUAAUGUAUCACAGCAAUGUGACGGCGAUUAGAGCUAUUGAAGUUUAUGAGGCCCGUCAACAACGCCAGGAACUGGCCAGAGUUCGUGUAUUUGUUAUCAUUCACUCAAAAACGGUGGAAGAACAGUCAUAUCUUACUUCUUUGAGAAGAGAGAAACAAGCAUUUGAACUGUUGAUUGAAACCAAAAGAACGAUGGUAGUUCCCGAAUACCAGGAUGGAAAAUCGGAGGAUUCAAUAACAAUGUUACAGAAGAAGCAUGAGACCUCAUCGCGUCAAGCUGGCGGUCAACAGGUUAACGAAGACACUAUCGUUACACCACGAAUAAUUGUGGAUAUGAGAGAGUUUCGCUCCGAUUUACCUUGUUUGAUUCACCGUCGUGGCAUCGAAGUCGUGCCACUAACAAUUACGAUCGGAGAUUACAUUCUGACGCCCGAGAUCUGCGUGGAGCGAAAGUCAAUUUCGGAUCUGAUUGGGUCGCUCAACUCUGGUAGAUUGUACAAUCAGUGCAUGCAGAUGACACGAUGCUACACCAAACCGAUCCUGUUGAUCGAGUUUGAUCAGAACAAACCAUUUCAUCUGCAGCGACAUUUCAUGAUGUCGGGGGAUUCAGCUUCAUCGAAUGCCGACAUCACCCAAAAACUUCAGCUUCUAACGCUACACUUUCCAAAAUUGAAACUUGUGUGGUCGCCUAGUCCUUAUGCAACCGCCCAGUUAUUUGAGGAACUAAAACAGGGCAAGCUAGAACCGAAUCCGGAAGUGGCAGCACUGGUUGGAUCCGAUGAAGCCGGAGGGCCGGUGGAAAUCGAACAAAUCGCUGACAGGUCCAAUCCGAAUAUUCACGACUUUCUUAUUAAGUUGCCUGGAAUCAACUCAAAAAACAUUGGAAAGGUGAUGCGAAGAUGCAAAAAUCUAAAAGAGCUGCUGAAGAAAACUGAAGAAGAUCUUGCAGAGCUGCUGGGAAGCCACAUGCAAGCCAAGAUGUUAUGGGAGAUUUUGCACGUUGUUCACAAACCUGUUCAGGGAGAAGUUAACGAGAAACAGUUCGCUUCAAAAUUUAAACGCGGUCUGGGUCGCAGAAAUUUAUAACUUUUCAGUGCCGUAUUCAGUAUUGAAAAAUGUUCGCACUUAGUAAAACCAAAUACCAAUUUUGAAGUUUU